AUGGCGGCGCAGAAGAUCAACGAGGCGCUGGAGCACAUCGCUAAAGCGGAGAAAUAUCUGAAAACUGGGUUCUUAAAGUGGAAACCAGAUUAUGACAGUGCAGCUACUGAAUAUGGGAAGGCAGCUGUUGCUUUUAAGAAUGCCAAGCAGUUUGACCAGGCAAGGGAAGCCUGUUUGCGGGAAGCUGAGGCACACGAAAACAACAAAGCUCUCUUCCAUGCAGCUAAAGCUUAUGAACAAGCUGGCAUGAUGCUAAAGGAGAUGGGCAGACUCCCUGAAGCAGUUCAGCUGAUUGAGAAAGCCAGCAUGAUGUACCUGGAGAAUGGGACACCAGACACAGCAGCUAUUGCGCUGGAACGGGCUGGAAAAUUAAUAGAAAAUGUGAACCCAGAGAAGGCUGUGCAGCUCUACCAGCAAGCAGCAUCAGUAUUUGAAAACGAAGAACGUUUACGGCAAGCAUUAGAAAUGUUGGGAAAGGCAUCAAGACUUCUCGUCAGAGGGCGCAGAUUAGAUGAGGCUGCCUUGUCUCUUCAGAAGGAAAAAAGUAUUUAUAAGGAAAUUGAAAACUACCCAACAUGCUAUAAGAAAACUAUUGCUCAAGUCUUAGUUCAUCUUCACAGAAAUGAUUAUGUUGCUGCAGAAAGAUGUGUGAGGGAAAGCUAUAGUAUACCAGGAUUUAAUGGAAGUGAAGACUGUGCAGCACUAGAGCAACUUUUAGAAGGGUAUGACCAGCAAGAUCAGGAUCAAGUUUCUGAAGUCUGCAAUUUGCCACUCUUCAAGUACAUGGACAAUGAUUAUGCCAAGCUUGGUCUUACCUUGGUGGUCCCUGGAGGUGGAAUCAAGAAGAAGUCACCAAAUGCUGCACAAGACAAAGCCAGAGGACCAGCUGCAGCAGGGUCUCAUGCUGAUGAGGAAGAGGAUGAAUAUUCUGGUGGACUGUGCUAGCUACAGAGGUUGUCUUAAAUACAUGACUUAUUUGUGAUGCUGAGCAUAUCCAAAGGUACCUGAUUUACCAGAGCUUCAUUGCAAUUGUGAUGUGGGAAUGCUAAUCUUAACUUGGCAGCUUCUGGGUACAAUGCAAGAAAAAAAGCAUGAUUGUACCUAUCAUCUCAAAAACAUCUUUGGACUUUAUUCCUUACCUGGUAGGAGCUUCCUCAGGGCCCUGCUUUCAGUUGACAGGAAAAAAAAAAAAA